AUGCCAAUGACGAAUGUCUCCGUGAUUCGGUUGCGUCGCGGUGGCAAGCGUUUUGAGAUUGCCUGCUACAAAAACAAAGUGCGCGAAUGGCGCUCAGGCGUUGAAAAGGACUUGGACGAAGUGGUCCAAAUCGAGAAUGUGUUCCUGAAUGUCUCGAAAGGCCAAGUAGCCUCAAAUGAAGAUUUGAAGAAGGCGUUUGGCACAGCAGACGUACAGGAAUGCUUACUAGAGAUUCUCAAGAAGGGCGAGCUUCAAGUCGGUGAGAAAGAACGUAGUCACGAGCUGUCGAACCUCUGGUUGGAAAUCGCUACGAUCGUCGCGCAAAAGUGUGUGGAGCCCAGCAGCCAGAAACCCUAUACGGUGGGUAUGAUUGAGAAAGCCAUGAAGGAUGCGCAUUUCAGCGUGAAGCCUACCAAGUCGGCGAAGAGUCAGGCGUUGGACGUGAUCAAACUGUUGCAAACCAAGUCUAUCAUCCCCUUGGAACGUGCCCAGAUGCGUGUGAGUGUCACGAUGCCGGCAAAGGAGGGCAAGCGUUUGAAGGACAAGAUUGUGCCUCUCUUUACCAAGGUAGAGGAGGAAGACUGGUCGGAUCUAUGGGAGAUUGUGGGUACCAUUGACCCUGGCUCGCUUCGUCAAAUUAAUUCCGUGGUGGAAACUGAAGUCAAGGGUGAUGGUGGCGUGGAGACGCUUGCGUUCAAUGCACUGGGCGAAAACGAUGAGGAAGGAGACGACUGGUAA